AUGUCAACUGUUGACAAAUUUCCACGAGGAUUGAUAGAUCUGAUAAAAGUCUCUAAGUAUGUCCACGUAGCAACAUGCUCAAGUAGUUGUGUCCCUUCUGUUUCCUUAAUGAAUUACAUUUAUAUAUCUUCGAGCGAUAGUUUUGACCCAACAGAUAACAACGAUUAUGUAAUAUUUGCAACUUCACGCCAUUCUGAAAAAUACGAAAAUAUGCUGGCAAAUCCAACAAUAUCGCUCCUGUUCCAUGAUUGGUUGGCUGCUAAUAGUCUUACACCUAAGAAAGCCACUGCGCCAUCGCCGUCCUCACCAAGCUCUAGUAAUAAUGCGAGAUUUGUCAAUCUAUUACAAGAUCUCACUGAAGGUGAAUUGAACCAAAUAAGCGCAAGCAUCAGAGGGGUAGCUGAAAUCAUAAAUCCUCUGGGUCAAGAGUCAAAAUAUUACAAAAGGCUUCUGCUACGAGCAAAUCCAGAUGCUGAUGUCUUUAUUCUAGGAUCUGAUACCGUUUUAAUCAAAGUAAAAAUGAGAAGCGCAAAAGUGUCUGAUAUUGAUAAUAAUACAAAUAUAUAUAUAUAA